AUGGAUCAAGUUAGGCAAUACACGUCAAAGGCGGAAGAUGUUCUUGCCACACUCUUUCAACCUCUGAAACCUUAUAUCCCCGCAAUCGCUCGUUUCCUCAUUGUGGUAACGUUUCUGGAAGAUGCGCUCAGGAUAUUUUUUCAAUGGGAGGAUCAGUUACACUACCUAGAGAGAAUUAGGGGAUUUCCUUGGGGAGCGUCACACAUAUUUUUGGCGGGUAAUAUUAUUGAUCUAUCCUCGUUAUCGGGAGAAAAUAUCCAGAAUAUGCAGUUGGGGGUCUUUUCAUUGUUGUCGUCGCCCAAUCUAUUGGAUACGGCCUUUGGAAUGAAGUCAAUUUUCUGUUAA